ACAAGCAUUUAUUUCGACAAGAUGGUAGCUGCCGCAAGUACACGCUGAUUUUGGUUAAAUUUUUUCUAUGUGAAUAGUUCAGUGUAUUUUCAUUAUGCUAAUAUGUAUAGAUUUUUGAAAAAAACACGAUACGUAUCAAAUAUUGAUCUUUCUUCAAAACAAUCAUCCAUAAAUCAAUUACCGUUGUGUUCUUUUUGUAAGAUCUAUCAUUGGAAUGCAUCCUUAGCUAUAUGGUUUAUAAAUAAAUGUUAUUUUGGCACAAAAGUAAAUGAUGCAGAGGUACGUGUUCCUAUUAAAAAAAAGUCUAGAAUAAGAAGAAAAUAUGUUGAAUUGCUUGAAGUAACGGAAGAACUUACAAGUAAUAAAAAAGCUGCUGUAAAAAAAUUAGAUGCAGCUUACCUAUCUACUUUAAUCAAUCAGUCAGACGUAUCUUUAGAUAAGUUGAAUAAUAUAAGUGACAAUUAUCUUCAUGAGAAGGAUAAUAAAGAAAAUAUAGAAAUGAAAGAUAACAUAAAUGUUUCUACUGAUGUUACAAUGUUGGAUAAUUUGAGGAAAGAAGCAAAUGAAGGAAGUAUUAUUUAUGAAAAUCUGAAUAAAUUGAAUAUAAGCUAUUCAGGAGGUACAUAUGAUACUCUAUACAAUAAAAAGUCCUCUAUUUUAAACGAAUUAAGCAAUAAAGAAUUUGAAGAAGAAAUUGAACAGAACAUUAAAUCGGAUAUAUUCAAAAGUGAAAUUGAAGAAGAUUUAUCAAUAAAAAAUAAGUUACAAAUAAAAAAUAUAGUAAAAAAUAAUGAUUCUCGACGGAAUAUUCUAAAGGUAUCUUCAAAAAAAUAUAAAAAGAUGGAAGCAAUGGAUCUAAAUGGACAACUUAUAUUAGCACAAAUAGAUGUUUAUUUAGCUUGUAAAAUGUUUGGAAAAGUGCAAAAAUUGUUAAAAAUUUUAAAAAAUAAAAUUAAUGAUAUGUCACAUAUAAUACAUAGGGAUGCUUGUAAUAUUAUCCUUGAAUUUUAUUCUUCAGACAGAAACCUGACAAGAUUUUUACAAAUAUAUAAUUAUAUGAUAAAUAAUUCUAUAAUUCCUGAUCCACAAACUUAUGCAGCUGCUUUUGAUAUAAUUAGCACGAUGAAAAAUAAAAAACAUCAAUCAGACUUAUUUAAUAAAUUCGAGUCAGAUAUGAUCAGUAAUGGUAUAUCGUUCCAUGAUAUUUUUAAUAUGUCAAAAUUCACAUUACAUCAACCAAAAAAUAUUUUGGAAACAAUACGAUUCUUUCGACCAGAAUAUCAACCAGAAUAUUCUAUGCCUCAGAUGUCAUAUAAUUGUAAACUUUUAAAUCGUAUUAAUGAAAUUAAUUCACGUGAAAAUCCAGUAGAAGGUUUAUUAUCUCUUCAAGACUUAAAGAAUUCUUUAAUGAUGCAGAUAAAUCAAGAAAAUCGAUUUAUUAUACCUAUAAAGAGUGUUGAAAAAUUCGAUCCAUCAAAUAAUGAUACAAUUUCAUAUUGUAAACAAAAAUUAGCUGACUUGGAAUCCUCUUGGAGGGAAGUUGCUUCGAAAGCUUUUGAGAAGAAUCUGAAGUACUUAGAACAAAAAGAACAUGAUUUAAAGUCUUCAACAUUAAUUCUUUAUCCAUUUUUAAAGGUUCUUCCGACAGAACGAUAUAUAAAUAUUAUCUUACAAGAAAUAAGAAAUUUGUCGGAUAAUUCUGAAUCCUUUACUCUACCACUUUCAGUGUUAUAUGUAAAUAUGGGAUUUUUAGUUUAUAGGGAAUACGAGAUACAUACUAAGAAAAAUAACGGUGUUAUGGAUAAAGUAAUUGAUAUUUAUAAUAAGUAUUUAGACUGGUACUGUCAAACUGGUCCUUUAAAUAUUGAAAAAGGUGUAAAUAGUCGUAUUGCAUGGAGUAAAUUUAUAUAUGAAAAUCAGCAUUAUGGUGCUUCCUUGGAUAAGGAAUCUAUACAAUGGCCUUAUAUUGUAUGCAUGAAUAUAGGGAAAUUUUUAUAUCAGAUCAUUAUAAAUGAUAUCAAAAUUAACACAGAUUCUCACACAGCAAAUCCAUCAAUGUGUGAGAAACCAGCUUUUUAUACACUAUUCAGAAGUAAAGGAAAAAACCUGAUAGAACAGAUUAAGCCUCAUCCUAAUUUACAUAAGUUGUAUAAAGAUACACAGUCAAAUACAUUAAUAUUUGAAGCACCAUUUCUACCAUCUCUAUGUCCACCACGUCCUUGGGUUUCUGUAGAUUCUGGAGGAUAUACAUUUUUAAAGACAAAUUUUGUGAGAAUUCCAUAUUAUGCGAAAGCUAAACAAAUACAAGCAUUGAAGAGUACAUCUCCAGAACAACUUUUCCCAGCAUUUGAUAAUUUGAAUCAAUUAGGAUCCGUACCAUGGAAAAUUAAUACUGACGUACUCGAUAUCUUAAUCAAGGUAUUUCAAAAUGGUGGUUCAGAGAAGUUAAAUGUACCAGAAUCGCCUUCUAUUUUAUUGCCUGUAGAAGAUACGACAGAAAAUAUAAAUAUAAAAGAUAACAGUUGUAUUUCGAAGACAAAACUGCAGUUAAAAAAAAAGAAAGAAGAAAUGUAUUCAUUGUGGUGUGACUGUCUUUAUAAACUAUCUGUUGCAAAUCACUAUCGAAAUAAUGUAUUUUGGUUGCCACACAAUUUGGAUUUUAGAGGAAGAGUAUAUCCUGUACCUCCUCAUCUGACUCAUUUAGGAUCAGAUUUAGCACGUUCAAUUAUGAUAUUUGCUCAAAAGAAACCUUUAGGUCCAAAUGGCUUGGAUUGGUUAAAAAUUCAUACUAUUAAUUUAAGUGGUUUAAUGAAACGUGCAAAUGUUAAGGACCGGCUUAAAUUUGCAAAUGACAAUAUAGAUAAAAUUGUGGAUAGUGCAGAACAUCCCUUGACGGGUGAUAUGUGGUGGGCAGAAUCAGCUGAGCCUUGGCAAACCUUGGCAUCAUGUAUAGAAAUAACUAAGGCUCUAAAAUCUCCGAAUACAGAAGAAUAUUUAAGUGGUCUUCCAAUACAUCAAGAUGGAAGUUGCAAUGGUCUGCAACAUUAUGCUGCACUCGGACGAGAUCAAAGUGGAGCAGAAAAUGUUAACUUACAAUCUGCUGAUACACCGCAAGAUAUUUACAGUGUUGUCGUUAAUAUGGUUGAGGAUUUAAGAUCACAAGAUGCAGAAAAGGGUGUAUUAAUUGCAAAAAUGUUAGAAGGACAUAUAAAUAGAAAAGUUAUAAAACAAACAAUAAUGACUACUGUUUAUGGUGUAACCAAGUAUGGUGCUAGAUUACAAAUCUUGAAACAAUUAAAAGAUUUAGAGAAGUUCCCACAAGAACGUUCUUGGGAAGCAAGUACAUACCUAACUUACAAAACAUUUGAUAGUUUACGAACAAUGUUUAAAAGUGCAAGAGCAAUUCAAGAUUGGUUCACAAAUUGUGCAUAUAUUAUUUCAACGAUAUUUGGUGAGCCUGUUGAAUGGAUUACACCUUUAGGAUUUCCAGUUAUACAACCAUAUUCUAAAUUUAAAAAAUCCAAGAAUCAAGCAAAUAAAAUAGAGAGAGUAGAUACUCUUAAACAAAAAAAUUCAUUUCCUCCGAAUUUUAUACAUUCUUUGGAUUCUACUCACAUGAUGCUUACUAGUUUAUUCUGUGAACAAACUGGCAUGACAUUUAUGUCAGUGCAUGAUUGUUAUUGGACACAUCCUUGUACUAUAGAUCAAAUGAAUAAGAUUUGUAGGGAACAAUUUGUUGCCCUCCAUUCAGAGCCUAUUUUGGAUAAUUUUUCAAAGUAUCUUCAUGAAAGAUAUUUAAAGAAAAGCAAUCCUUUAUUGGAUACGUUUAGUGAAAAAGAAAUAGAAAAUAUAAAAAAUAAUUUCAAUUCUGUACCAGAGAAAGGUUCGUUCAAACUUGACAAUGUUUUAAACUCUGUAUAUUUUUUUAGUUAACUACCUCAAUCUACUCAUAACUAAAUCAGAAUAUAAAAUGUACUAUAUUAA